AGAGUAAGGGGGGGAGUUUCCUGUGUUUGACUCCUGGAAGACUCUCUCUCUGUGUCUCAGUGUCUCAGUGUCUCUCUGAAGAAGCCACAUCGUCUGUGGAUCUGCUGAUGAUUUGUCUCUCUGCUAUGACCUCCACGUCUUCUUCUUCAUAUUCAUCACUUGUUUCCACGCGACUUUAAUCCUCACCGUCCUCGCACUUCGUGACGUCGUGACACCGGUGAAUCCACUUUUCAAACCCACAACAGAGCUGCGCGUGUCGGUGAAAAAUGCCUGAGGACGUCGGGACAGCCAAGCCCGGAGGUGUGAUUGCCUACAUUUCCUCCGGCUCCGCCCCCAGCCCUGACUCUUUCAUGAGCACCAGCCCCAGUAGCGGCUACCUGUCCACGUCGCCGACUCUUCCCCGCCCCUCGCUGCCCAGCCGGGCCGUGGGCAUGUUAGUGGACAUCGCUCCGCCGGCCAAGAGCGGGCUCCAGCGCGGCAGCGGCCUGGACAAGGCUGGCCGCUCUUCCGCUUCCUCGAAGAGCAGCAUCACCAAAAUCAACGGCAUGGUGCUGCUGUGCAAGGUGUGCGGCGAUGUAGCCUCGGGCUUCCACUACGGCGUCCACGCGUGUGAGGGCUGCAAGGGCUUCUUCAGGAGAAGCAUCCAGCAGAACAUCCAGUACAAGAAGUGUCUAAAGAUGGAGAACUGCACCAUCAUGAGGAUCAACAGGAACCGCUGCCAGCAGUGUCGCUUUAAGAAGUGUCUGGCUGUCGGCAUGUCCAGAGAUGCUGUCCGAUUCGGCCGCAUCCCAAAGAGGGAAAAGCAGAGGAUGCUGCUGGAGAUGCAGAACGCCAUGAACAACAUGAUGAGCAACAACAGCCAGCUGCACAGCAUGCUGCACGGCCACCAGAGCCCGCCUCUGCCCAUGGAGGCCAUGACCAGCGACGCCGGCGCCUCGCCUUCCUCGUCCUCAGCUUCCGAUUCCCCGUCGUGCUCCAGCCCGUCCUCGCCGCAAUGCCCCCAGGACUCUGAGUCAGUGCUGUCCAUGGACACCAACUCCAGCUCCGCCUCCUCCUGUUCGUCAGACAGUGGCGAGGACGAGGCCGUCGUCACGACCGGCAGGCAGCACCAACACGCCUUAGCGUUCAGCCAGCAGAGGUCACAGAGGCAAGGCCAGGUCUCGCCGUCCGCCGUCGCCCUGGAGACGCGGUGUGGAAACCGUGCGGAGGAGCAACCACAGAGCUGGAACCUGUGGAACAGCAACGGUGUUUACCGGCACAGUUCGUACAGCAACAGCCAACACGUCACCAACGCCGCUUACAGAGACGAGAGGGGCGUUCACCAGCAGCGGCUCAACAGCGCCCCCAGCUGUGAGCUGUCAGAAGACAGCCAAAGACAGCACAGAUUGAACGCACAGAUUGCCUCAAAUGUUUAUAAUGGAGCGAGCAGCUGUGCGAACAGCAGAGCACACCUGGUCUGCCCAAUGAACACCUCGCCUUACGUGGACCCCCACAAGCCGAGCCAGGAGGUCUGGGAGGAGUUCUCCAUGAGCUUCACCCCCGCUGUGCGGGAGGUGGUCGAGUUCGCCAAGAAAAUCCCCGGCUUCCGCAACCUCCCCGAGCACGACCAGGUCAGCCUCCUGAAGGCCGGAACCUUCGAGGUGCUCAUGGUCCGAUUUGCCUCACUGUUCAACGUGGUCGAGCGGACGGUGACCUUCCUGAGCGGAAAGUGCUACAGCCUGGACACUCUGCGCUCGCUGGGCGCCGGCGAGCUGCUCAACUCCAUGUGCGAGUUCAGCGAGAAGUUGGCAGCGCUGCGGCUCGACGCCGACGAAAUGAGCCUCUUCACCGCCGUGGUGCUCGUCUCAGCCGACCGCUCCGGGAUCCAGGACCUGAACUCGGUGGAAGCCCUGCAGGACAAUCUGAUCCGGGCUCUGCGAGACCUGGUCGUGCAGAACCACGGCGACGCGGCGGCCACCACCUUCACCAAGCUGCUCCUCAAGCUUCCCGAGCUGCGUUCGCUCAACAACAUGCACUCAGAGGAACUGCUCUCCUUCAAAGUUCACCCUUGAAAAGCUUCCUCGGGGUGAAUCUCCUCCCUCUUCCUUCACACGACUCCACCUCCACCACCAGGACCUGCCUCUCGGCGCCGCCACCUCCUCGCCCUAUGGACUUGACCAACCCUUAUUCUGCGUGUGUUUCCAGAAUGUAUUUGAAAGUUGUUCAUUUUUUAUUCUAUUUUUUUAAGUUGACGAGGUCGGUAGAAAAGAACCUUUCAGACGUACUGUAUUUAUAGAAGAGAGACACAAACACAUGCAAGUGUCCCGCAGACAGAAGAGGACUUAACUGGCUCUCAAAGGUCCAGUGUGUAAGAAUUGGCGACACCUAACACUCUUCACGUACCACAGCGUAGAAAGCUCCCGCUCCACAGCGCACACUCUGGCUGUUUUCUGUUAGAAACACGCACCAACGCACACUCACUCAAACGCAAACACAUUACUGUGUUACUAUAUUCACUCUCGGCCAAUAAGCGCUCCUACACCACACACACACACACACACACACACUGGACCUUUCCAAGAAACGACGAGCAACUGGUGAAUAUCAUUAUUUUUGAGAUGAUAAUGUUUGUCGUUUAAUUCCAAAGUGUAAUUCUGUGGUGAGCGAGUGAAUGUGACAAACGUUUGUGUGGUUAACAUUUUGACUGACAACACGGCGGCGAGAAAAAGGCGAGCUAUCGGGGGAAAUCCAAACAAAAAGAGAAAGAAUGUGUGACGAUUGCUGCUAAUGCAUGGCUCCUCCCCUUUGCCUCAGAAAGCGUCAGUUUUGGUAGUUUGACCGCGUGUCGCGUUUGUUCUGAUUGUCUUGACGUGGUGAUUUCUGGGGGACAUUUGCACGAGUUCUGGAGCAGAAACAACCCACAGAUGAGCGUGAGGCGGCACCAUGUAAAGCUUUUUAUUGUACAUAUAACGACACCCAGGUGUUUUGUUUGUCACUUAUGGUUUUUAUGACGCCUUUUUUUUUUCUUUUUUUUUCAAAAUGAGAUUUGUUUUGCGUGCGUUUGCUUUCAGCACAGCACUGAACUUGACACUUUGUUUUUGUCUGUUCACUUUGUUGGAAUUUAUGUUUCUUCUACUGGCAACACGAAUGCCACAUGUAAAUAUCUACAUAAAUAUAUAUAUAUAUAUAUAAAUAUAUAAAUAUCUGAUGAACAUAGAAUAUAAAAUGGUAUAGUAUGAAUAAAUUCAAGUGAAGAAUA